AUGUCGUUUCACUCAAAACUACUCAACAAAACCCUCUUUUAUUCCCUCUUUACCCUCCGUCGAUUCACUACCAUCGCCACCGCCACCGCCAAGCAAUUUCCCGCUAACCCAACCUCCACCUCUUACGACGAACUCACCAAUGCUGCUGGAAGCUCCGGCGACUUCCAUGCUCUCCGCGAUGCCCUCAACAAGCGCAUCCAAGACAACUGCUUCAACACGAAGUCCACCUUCAACUUCGUCACCGACGAAACCUUCUCCUCUUCCCUCCUCAACCACCUCCUUCAAACUCUAUCCGCCCUCAACCGCGGCGUCACGCGCAAGAACGCGUUCGAUUCCCUCAUCACGCGCCUCUGCAAGCUCCAGCGCGUCGAUGACGCGCUCCACGUCAUCGAAUAUAUGGCACGUACCGACGGCGGGGGCUGCCGCCCCAGUGCGACCACCUUCUACCCCGUCCUGAACCUCCUAACGCGCCAGAAAGCCAUAGACCACGCGCGGCGCGUGGUAGAUUUCAUGUCCACGCUUGGCCUGAAUCUGGAUCUGACGGGACACAACUACUUCCUCGUUGCGCACUGA